AUGCCGUCGCCUCAGACAGUGGCCUCUGGGCCGGAGCCGCGCAGCCCCAGGGAGCCUGUGGUACCCCAGAUCCCAGCUCAGGGCACUCGGAGGGCAAGCAGCGAGGAUGCAUCCAGCGCCCAUCGUGAGGGCUCGAGGCCUGGCCUGGGCACCUUUCGGCGGGCCUUCUCAAAGGCAAGCCAGCGGGCCUCGGGCUGCGACCCCCAGGAGGACACAGGCCUGCUCAGGCGCAGCUCCCGCCUCUUGUUCCGGUCUUUACGGCGUGCUCUGGACAAUGGCCCGGCUGCUGACCAGACCCAGGCUACCACUGGGCCAGGGGUGGUCCACGGCCAGGAGGUGCCCUCAAGGGCCAUGGACGGUGUCAGCGCGCAGUCAUCCACUGGGGCGGGGCCUGCGGAACUAGAAGGUGAGGACAAAUCUGUGGCUGAUCUCAUCACGGAGCGGAAACUGCUGGCGGCCUUCGAGCAGCUGCGGCACUUCGAGACCCGGCUAGUGGCCGAGAAAGCCUCGCGCACCUUCGAGCAGGACCCCACGGGCUUUGCGCGGCGCGCCAUGGACCUGUGCCUGCACUACGAUGGGCUGGCUGCGGAGAUCGGCGCCAUCGUGCUCGAGACCCUGGGCCCGGAUGGCGUGGACGCGGCCGUGCUCGCGGAGCUGGCCCGCGUGGUGCGCGCGGAAGAGGAGGCCCACCCAGAGCCCCCUGCAGACGGCGACUUUCUGUGCACGCCGCGCCACUGGCGCCAGCACUGGGAGGACGCGGUGCGCCGGAGCGCGCGCCAGCGCGUGCAGCAGGUGAGCGCGGGGGAGGCCCCGGGGGCAGCCGAGGGUGCCUCCGGCUUGGCCCAGCUUCUGGCCGAGCUCGGCUGCUUGGUUCGCCGCGACCUGCAGAAGGUGCAGCUGGAGGUGCACCCGGCUUACGCGGCCGCCGGCUAUCCCGCGUGGGAGGCCUACCUGCGCGCCUUCCACGGUGCAGUGGCCCAGUGCCUCCAGGAGCUGGCGCACGACGCCCGUGGCUGCGAGCAGCUCUACGUCCUGCUGGACUGGGCCUCCAACGUCUACAGCAGUCCUGAUUUCCUGGGCUCCCAGGACCUGGCUCUGCCCUCGGAGCCACUGCCCCCGCUCCUGGCACCCGAUGUGUGGGCCCGACUCGAGAGCGACUACACCAGCUUCCUGGAGACCAAGAUCGCGAGCUGCUUCGAUGGCAUCCUGCAGGUAGAACAGAGUCGCUGGGUGGCUGCCGAGGCCCCCGAAGUGCUGCAGGGCCACUACCAUACGCCACUGUCCAUCGACGUACACAUGCUCGUGGCAGAGCACGUGAAGGCAGCUGGCGCCAUCUCCACGGAGCUGGAGGCCACCACCUUGCGGAUCUGCACGCGGGCCCUUUGCCUCUUCCUGCCCAGGUUUGAAAAGGCUUUCCUGGAGUCGGGGGCGGUGAGCGAGCCUAACCUGUGCGCCAACAUCAAUGCCUGCGAGGAGCUCAGAACUCAUCUUCUGGCCAGGUUCCCAGGAAGCCUUGAAGAGCUGGAGAAGCCCCUGGUGGCUGCCACCUGCGCCUUUCAGAAGCGGCUGCUCCAGGGCUUGCAGGGUGAUGUGCAGCCACUCUUCAAGGUCCUGUGCACCAAGGCCUGGCUGACACAGGAUGUGCUGCAGCCCCUCCUGGACAAGGUGGUGGCAUUCGCCGGCCACCUCGAGCAUGUGGUCCCACCCCGGGCGCAGGAGACUCUGCAGGAGGUGCACCGUUACAUCAUCCGCGAGUACCUGGCGCAGGCGCUGAGGCCCCGCGAGCGGUUCCGGGGUGUGGAGCGCGUGAGUGGCUCCCAGAAGAUGGGCCUGGACGCCCAGGCCAUUGGCAACACCUUCCAGGGCCUGGGCUCUGAGGCCACUUGGUUGGGCCGAGCUAUCCCGUGCGUGGCGGACAUACUGGGCGAGACUUACAAAGACGACAUCCGGCGGCACCUGGAGACACUCAUCCGGAGCUACCCCGACAUCAGGCGGGACCACGUGCUGGCCAUUCUAGCGCUGCGCCGACUGGGCCACCGUCGGAACCAGCACCUCCUGACGCAUGCCCAGGACCUGCUGAGGGCCGCGGCCAAGGCAGGGGGCCCCGGCGCUGCUGGGGGCCACGUGCUGUUCGAGGAGAUCGAGGUGCCCACCUCCAUGGAUGUGCUAAUCACCUGCAUCUAG